AUGGCGCUGGCUGUGCGACGUUGGGGCAAUUGGCUGACGACGAGGGCUCCAGCUUCAUCAGCCUCGACAGUGGCCUCGUCAUCCUCCGUGACUUCGAGCGCGGCUACGACGACCGUAUCCUCGUCCUCUUCCGCGGUGGACACCGCCAAAGCCACCCCCACCCCCUCGACGAGCUCCGCGACACAGACUUCUAGUGCCCCGGCGCCCACGAACAGCGACGUCGAGGUGUGCCAUGCCGAUAAGAAGAGUGACAUCUAUCCGUUCUGCAAGCCAACCAAGGACCAGAACGUCUACGUGGACGAAACAUACUAUGUAACCUGGGACGUCGACGCCUUCCGCAUCAACUCCACCGUUCAGAUCACCAUCAACUAUGUCAACACGACUGAAAACGAAGGCAAAUCCGCACACACCUCGGACCGCGUGCCCAACAAACUCGGCUUCAUCACGGUGCGAAUGGACAAGGCGUGGCUGCGCGACAAGUCGCGCAACAACCUCACGAUCGGGCUCGUCGACUACGACCUCGCCACGGACGACCACAGCGUCAAGAAGACCGGCCCCACGAUCUCGCUCACCAAGAAGCCCAUCGAGCACUACCCGCCACCACCGCCCUCCAAGCCCAACAAGCUCGGCCUCAUGGUCGGCCUGCCCGUGUCGCUCUUCGUGGUGUUCCUGAUCGCCUGCGGCCUGUGCUUCGGCAUGCGCAAGCACCGCCGCAUCGGGCUCGGCAGCAUCAUGGGCCGCAGCAAGGGCUACGGUGGAGCCAAGUCGCGCAUCGAGCGGCUGGGCGGCGGUGGUACCCGUGGUCGUCGCCGCGAGCGCUCGUCGAUUCGCAUGCACGACCUCGACGAUGCUGACCGCUACACGGACGACCCGUCGCGCGCGCGCGCCGAUGCCGACGGCUUCACCGAGGUGGAGAGGAGCCAGGACCAUGUGUUCCGGACGGAGGUGCCGAAGAUGAAGAGUUGGAAAUAG